AUGACGGUGCAGAGAGGAAAGAAGCUCAGCAUCUCCAUCCAGGAACACAUGGCCAUCGACGUUUGUCCUGGACCAAUCAGACCCAUCCAGCAGAUCUCCGCCUACUUCCCCCGCCUGUCCCCCACCUCCCCCACCCCAAUCUCCCCAAACCCCGCCUUGUCCCCAGUCCCUGCCUCCUCCCCUCUGGCCCUCAGCCCCGCCUCCGGGACCUCUGGAAUGGGCGGGGCUCACCUACUGUCUCCACUGCUGGCCCAUGGCAGGUCCGCCGGCGGUGGCGGGUCGUUGUCUCUGACGAGCAGCGUGGACACGUCUGUGGACAUCAACAGCUCUGACAGUGACGACUGCACUGCUCUGGGAACUCUGGAGUUCGAGCUGCGGUACGAUCAGAGCUCCAGUGAGCUGCACUGCACCAUUCUACGAGCCAAGGGUCUGAAGCCGAUGGACUUCAACGGUCUUGCUGACCCGUACGUCAAACUGCACCUGCUGCCCGGAGCCUGCAAGGCCAACAAGCUGAAAACAAAGACGAUCCGUAACUGUCUGAAUCCAGUGUGGAGUGAAACUCUGACCUACGUCGGAAUCACAGAGGACGACAUGCACAGGAAGACACUCAGGUUGUCCGUGUGCGACGAGGACAAAUUGACUCAUAAUGAGUUGAUCGGAGAGUCGCGAGUUCCUCUGAAACGGAUGAAACCAGACCAGACCAAACGCUUCCACACCUGUCUGGAGCAUCCACCGCCGGUCCCCUCCCCCACAGCCAUGGGUGAAGCUCUCAGAGGAAUAUCCUGUUACCUGAGAGAGUGGGAGAACGAGCAGUUGCACAGCCUGGAGGAAAGGGGGCGCCUCCUCCUCUCCCUGCAGUUUCUGCCGCCGCUCGCUCUGGAUGAUAAAGAAGAAGAAGACAGAGGACGAGGAGGUGGACGUGGGGGCGGUCUGUGUGUGGGCGUGAAGCGCUGUGCCCACCUGGCGGCCAUGGACGUCAACGGAUUCUCCGACCCUUACGUCAAAAUGUAA